AUGCUCGACAAAAAACCACCACGAAAUAGCCAAAAUAACAACAAAACUUUCCAAGAAAUCACCAAAUGCUUUCAACCAAAAUCAUUAAACAACCCAGAGUUUCUACAAGUCCAAAUAACGGUCUUGGAUAAAAAUGACAGUCCACCGUCUUUCAAAGACGCUCCCUUGCACUUUUCCGUUUCGGAAGAUCUUGGUCCUGGACAGUCGAUCGCGACGAUCAAAGCCGAAGAUCCAGACACGAUUGGAACUCUCGAUUAUAGUCUCCUGAAAGGGGACGACGGAAAAUUCUCUUUGGACAAAACAAGUGGAGUCUUGCGCUUGAUAGAUUCUCUGGACAGGGAAACUAAAGACGUCUACAAGUUGUUGGUGAGGUGCAGUGAUGGAAAUCAGUUUACGGAUACUAUUGUCUCUAUUGAGACAAAUUGA